UCGUCAGCGGCCCUGCCCCUGAAUACACCCCGCCGCGCGAGGGAAUCCCGGCAUGUGAUUGGACAAUGCCGGCUUCCCCACGUCAUUCAGAAUCCUGAUUAUAAAAUGUGCGGUACAAGGAGUCACUGCUUCAGAAUCCAGCUGUUGUGGAGGACACGAUAAUCUGACAACAUGUUACAACAAGCAAACCCAAUGGACAGGCCAGCUGUGGAGAGAUCACAGACCACAGACAACAGACGGACACACAGACUGUAUCCAUCACUGCCAGGCAUAAACAGGUAUGAUGUUUGUGUGGCGGUUUGCUCAACUGGAGAAAAGCCUCAUUCCGCUGCAGUUCAUCUUCCCGAGAGCCUGCUGAGAGACAAUCAGUCAAAAACUUCAGCUGCCAGCAGUGAUGUCAGAAUGAAAGCCCAGAUAUGUAUCUUGGAAAAGCAAAGGCAGGAGCUUCUGUGUAUUAAUGAGAAAUGGGCAAAAGAGUACCGCACCAUGGUACGAUACUACAAAGAAAGGGUUCAGGAUUUAAAAACAUUACUGCAACAUGAUCCCCUCGCAGUGGAGAUUUGUGAAGGAGGAAAGAACGUCACAUCAAACAAGAAAGCCGAAGACAAAGAGAGCACAUGGACUGGUGAGGAAGUACUAAAAGCAGAAAAAGAGGCGGAGGAGCUGCGAGCACAAAACAACACUCUGACCCGGAGAGGGCAGCAUCAGCAUGAGGAGAUCCUAAGAUUGAACAAGGCACUAGAAGAGGCUCUUCAGAAUACUAAUCCUCUCGAUGCGAGCAGUGAAACACUACAGGAUAUCUGGAAACAUCAGGCCCAGGUUUACAAGGAAGACUUUUUGACGGAGCGCAGGGACAGGGAGAAGCUGAAGGAGAAGAAUCUGGAACAGGAGAACAAAUAUAGAAAAGUUCACAGUGAGCUACGUGUCCUCAAAUCUCAGGUGGCUCGAACACCACAGCCUGUACUUGAAUGCACCUGCACAAAUUGAGCCACAACUCCAAACUGGGAGGUCCGCAAGAUUAACCAGAAACACAUCCAACUACAAAGACGCUAUACACUUAACAACAAACUCUGAAAUUCAACAUCCUCCUCAGAUCAGAGUUCAUCAUUAACAAUGUGAGACUUUAGUUUAUCAGGCAGGACAACAUCAAGGAAGUGAGCUCUGUUCUGCUUCAGUCCUUGGCCGACUGUCUGCUGCAGAUUCAGAUUCAGGUAGUUUUUGUUUUGGUCGUAAAGAGGCCAAUCCACUAAUCUGGGCCCAUUUGGAGACCUAGGAAUAAAAAAAAAACCCACUAAGACUGGGAAAUAGAAAUGUGAAAGCAAUGUGAACUAGUAGACUAAACACUUCCUAAGAGGAAAAAAGCAGCAAAGAAUGAAAUAAAAUACUCUACCCGCUGCGUGCAAAGUUUGCUAUGUACGCCAUUGCAAACUUACUCAGUUCCUCUUCUUCUUGUGACACAUGUCCUAUACUUUGAAUAUGAAUUAUUGCACAUCCAUAACACUAUUGACUUUAUCAAAAGUGCAACAAUAAGGCUUGUUUCCAGUACCUGUAACCACAGUGUGUCCGGUACAAAAGCAGGCUCUGAGAAAAAACAAAGCAUCAUCAUAGUGAUCUGCUUGGACAAAAGUGGGUCUCGUGCUGCCGUGCAUCAGAGGAGAAUGCUGAAAUUCGUACACGUACACAGGCACGCCCGCGUCUGGAGAAGGAAUUAAAUGCAAAUCAUGUUGUAAUGAUGAGGUUUGUGAUGGAGUCACCGCAAAUUACCUCUGUGGUAUGCAACCACUUUAAGAACAGGAAGAACGAGCACCAUGUCGCCAAGUAUCUCUCUGAAAACGUCACGUACGUUCUAUGGAGAGUCGGCCUGUUGCAGGUAUUCAUUCAGUAUUAGUUCAUUUGCACCUGAGGCCUGUCAGAGGAAAUAUAGAGGUAGAAGAAGGAGAAUUAAUAUAUAAGAACAUUUUUUUAGUAUAUUUAUGAAUACUUGAAGGAUUUUUGGUUUCUAUUUGUUGUUUAUUUAUCAUGGAAA